AUGGCGUCCGCAGACACAGAAAAGGAUAAAAAAGCCCGGUCCGGAGGCUGCAACCCGGUGAAAAAACCGGGUCCAGUAUCGCUAGACCAUGUUUUAUCGGCAUUGGGAGAGACGAAAGAAGAGAGAGAUUCGAGAAUUAGAAGUUUAUUCAAUUAUUUCGAUUCGAAUAAUGUGGGCCACUUGGAUUCUGUCCAAAUUGAAAAGGGUCUUUCCGCAAUGCAAAUACCGGAGGAUUAUAAGUAUGCCAAAGAAUUACUGAAUGUUUGUGAUAAAAAUCAGGAUGGGAGGGUGGAUUAUCAGGAGUUCAGGAAAUAUAUGGAUGAUAAGGAGCUGGAAUUGUACAGGAUUUUCCAGGCUAUUGAUGUUGAGCACAAUGGAUGCAUCUUGCCAGAGGAGUUGUGGGAUGCUCUUGUCAAAGCUGGGAUAGAAAUGGAUGAUGAUGAACUUGCUCAUUUUGUUGAGCAUGUUGAUAAAGACAAUAAUGGAAUUAUAACUUUUGAAGAAUGGAGAGAUUUUCUUCUGCUUUAUCCACAUGAGGCUACCAUAGAAAACAUAUAUCGCUACUGGGAAAGGGUAUAUCUUGUAGAUAUUGGUGAGCAAGCCGUGAUUCCUGAAGGCAUCAGCAAGCAUGUUCAUGCAACCAAAUAUUUGAUUGCAGUUAAAAAACUAUGGAAGGAAGGUGGUUUUUUGGGUUUUUUUCGGGGUAACGGGUUAAAUGUGUUGAAAGUUGCACCAGAAAGUGCUAUCAAGUUUUACACUUACGAAACAUUGAAAACUAUAAUUGGAGAUGCUAAAGGUGAAAAGCAGGAGGAUAUAGGAACCGUGGGGCGACUUGUUGCUGGUGGAUUGGCUGGAGCUGUGGCACAAGCUUCUAUUUAUCCGAUGGAUCUUGUGAAAACUCGAUUACAGACUUAUGCUUGUGAAAAAGGAAACGUGCCAAGUCUGGGGAAAUUAUCUAAAGAUAUUUGGGUUCAGGAGGGACCUCGAGCAUUUUACAGAGGGUUGGUGCCAUCUCUUCUUGGAAUUAUUCCUUAUGCAGGCAUUGACUUAACUGCCUAUGAGACCUUGAAAGAUAUGUCCAAGAAAUAUAUUCUUCAUGACGGUGAACCUGGUCCUCUUGUUCAGCUCGGUUGUGGAACAAUUUCGGGAGCACUUGGGGCAACGUGUGUUUACCCUCUGCAGGUGAUAAGAACAAGAAUGCAAGCUCAGAGCAUGAAUACAGAUGCUGCGUACAAAGGGAUGUCGGAUGUAUUCUAUAGAACAUUUCAGCGUGAAGGUUUAAGGGGAUUCUAUAAGGGACUAUUCCCAAAUCUUUUUAAAGUUGUACCAGCAGCAAGCAUUACGUAUCUGGUUUACGAUACUAUGAAAAAGAGUCUAGAUCUCGAAUAG